CUUUUUUGGUGUUUAGUCGGUGGCAACGGGCAACAACUAACUAAACCUGCACGGUUUCAGCCAUGUACGCGAGCAUGGUCGACCCAGCGCUCGAGUUCCCCUUCGAUCCCUUCCGAGAGCUCUACAAGGACGACGUCGACCUGGCGUGGCCCGAGUACCCGUACAAGCACCGCGAGCUGCACAAGGUACAGGACCGCGUCCCGGGCUGCACGCGGCUGCAAGCGGCCGGCGCGCUUCUCGUCGGUCGGGGCGACGCGGCCAAAGCGAUCGCGUCCUUCGCCCUCUUCCUCGACCGGGACGAGCUCCAGACGCGCUUUGAAGCCGAGCGGUCCGCGUUCGCCGCCGCCAAGAAGGCGUAUAUUCUCGAGACGACUGCGCGCGUUCGGCAGCAGCUGGAGGCAGCGGCCAAGCGCGACGCGCUCGCGGCCGACGUCGCCAAGGACGCAGCCUUCCGCUCGUCGAUCAAGGCCAUUCGGUACGCCAACGGCGACAAGUACGAAGGCCAAGUGCUUGUGCGCGAUGGCGUCAUGGUGCCCCAUGGCACUGGUACGAUGCUCGUGCGCGACUUGACAAAAGACCGCCUCCAGCACCACAGCGCGCCCAAGUACACGGGCGACUGGCGGCAUGGGCUCCAUCACGGCAAGGGACGCUACUACUGGGACGACAAGACGAGCUGGGAGGGCAGCUUUCUCGCUGACGAAAUGCAUGGCAAGGGCCUCUUCUACCCAGCGCCCGACCCCGACGACGACGACAAUGACGUUGAUGGCCACGUCGCGGUCGGCCGCGUCCGGUUCUACUACAAGGGACGACACGUGUGCUGGGGCGACGACCUCGUCGCGAACGCCCGCCUGCGCAUCCAUCAAGCCCAAGGCGCGUCGCACUCGGCGACGAUGAUGUUCCGGUCGCAGCCGCCGCGGGAGCCGCCGCUCGAAGGCUCGGUCGUCGCGUACAACCCGACAUUGGACCAGCACUGCCUCCGUCUGAGCGAUGCGUCCGAGCGCUGGCUGUGCCUCAGCGGCGUCGACAUGGAGCUUGUUAGCGCCCGCCCCAUUGGCCCGUACAUUGGCUAGCACACAGUAUAUAUUCAACACAGCAAUCUCUAGCUCGCGCUCGGCGGCUUUUGGUGAAAGUCGACGAGCUCGACAAACUGGUCGAGGC